AUGGGUGUCCAGCCAUACUUCACUACCGACCUAAAUGACGACGGACCAAUCCCCCCAAUCAAGCGCGCAAGUAAAAUAGUACGCCGCAUCUUCGUUGAAGAAAAUCUUACCAACGUUCUGCCAGCUAAGAUUGAUGCAGCCUUUGAGCUCGUUAUCAACUACUUCUCAAGCUCCAACAUUUCCGUUACAGAAAUUCAAUAUUGGAAUAAUUUCUUUAUCAUUGUCCUUGAUAACGAGGAUGUUAAUAUGGCUGAGGUUCCCAGUGCAAUUGGACGUUCCCAACGAAUCUGCGACCCAACUGAGGGCGUCGUGGAUAAUAGCAAAUAUGAAAUUUUGCGUCCUGGUGUAAUGCUCAGUUCCGACAAGCACCCAGUCAAUGGAAUGGAAUUGCGGUCUUCCACCCAUCCACAGGAGGCACGGAUAUUGGCCAGGUUAUCAUGGAAAUCUUAUACACUCUCCAACUACGAGGCCUCUGAACAGACCCCUUCGUGGAUGAGUUACUACGAACGAAGGAGGCACGGCAACCAGGGCAGCAGCAGCUUGAAGCUUCCCCUCUCCGAUGCCUCCUCCCACGGGAAACUAUGCCACGCCUUCGUCCAACGGAAUCCCGUUCCGGCCUACAAAACCCGAAGAGCCCUAACAGAGGGUAUCUCGCCUACGUGGGCCCGGACCCCCGGGCCCAAACGCAAGCGAAACACUGCGGAUCCUGCAGUACAACAUCGCAAGGGCCUACAGUGGCAGCUUCUCUACCUGAAGCAACAAAUCGUGUCGAUAUAUAUAUCCACGCGAGGCCCUGCGGGAAACUGGCCUGGUCAUGGCCCUACCGACCUCCUCGUGUUCAUUCAUAACGUUUACAACCACCCAGGGCCUUCGAAUGCCGGCAUCCACGAGCUCCGGGAGGCCUUUCAGGCUGCUGAGUCGACCCUGCGGCCCCUAGAGGCAACUGCGGCCGCCGGGGGCCACCACCACGUCGUGAUAGGGGACUUCAACCUCCACGACCAGGAGUGGUCAGGCCCUACUCACCCUAGGCCUCACCUCAACCGGGCCAAGGUCAACGAAUUCAAGGAGCUCAUGGAGGAGAUCCCCCUUGCUAUCCUGACCCCUCCAGGCUCGUCACCAGGCCUGCCCGGCCAUCCCCUGCGUCUCUGCGAACAUUCGAAGCCCGGAUUCACCCCCGAAGCGCGCGAAACGCAGCGACUGAGCAAUCAGCUCAAGCGUGAAAUACUGGGCCUGCAGCGCAGCUGUCACCCAGUGCCGGAAGACCUCUAUAUGAGGCGCCUGCAGGCCCUGCGAGCCGGGAAGAAGGCCAUGAAGCGCAUUCGAGCCACUACGUACCGCAAGCACGUGGAAUCGAUCAGUGGCAGUCAGGAUAAGCUCUGGCGCCUACACUUCAGGGAGGCGCGUACGAUCGCCCUGCGCAAGCCCGGGAAGCCCGACUACCCGAUCCCGAAAGCGUACCGGCCUAUCGCGCUACUCAAUACCCUCGGAAAGGCCCUGGAGAGCGUCCUCGCUACGAGGCUCAGCUAUCUGGCUGAAACCUACAACCUCCUACCCAUUAACCACUUAGGGGGCCGCGGCACCGAAGCAGCCCUCCACACAGUGGUCAAAGUCAUCCAAUCGGCCUGGAAGCAGGGCAAGAUGGUCUCCAUUCUCUACCUCGAUAUCUCGGGGGCCUUUGAUAACGUCUCGCAUCCCCGAUUGCUUCACAACCUGCGCAAAAGGGGCGUGCCCCUCGAGAUCGUUAACUGGAUCGCCUCGUUCCUAUCCAACCGCUAUACGACCCUCGUCCUCCCCGAAUACACCAGCCCCAGGGCCCCCGUCAACACCGGGAUUCCACAGGGCUCGCCCCUAUCGCCUAUCCUCUAUAUAUUCUACAAAGUGGACAUGAUGGUGGGCAAGCACACGGUGAAUAUCAGCUAUAUCGACGACACUACCAUCAUUGCGAUAGGGGACUCGGAGGCCGAGAACUGCGCUACCCUGGAACGGGAGUUCCGGGUCACCUCUGUCCCAUGGUCAGAGACCCACGCCUCGGUCUUUGCACCCGAUAAAUUUCAAGUGGUCCACCACCACUGCCCGGUCAGGCCUCGCACCACGAAGAGGAGGCGUUCUUUAGCCUCUACCCCGGCCCCCAUUCCCGCAGCGCGGCGUCCAAAUCGCAGUACGCGGCCACGAACGGCCCCCAGGGAAGUGCAAUCCGAUGACGAGGAGGCCGACCCUGACUGGGCCUCGCAGUCGAGCUCGUCCUGGUCCUCAGCAGCAUCCUCAGGGCCUAGGCGCCCCGAAUACCCGGUGCCGCCACCGAAGCUGGAGACCCCUACCUCGCUCGAUCUAGGCAACGGCCAGGUGGUCAAGGCUUCAAGGUCGGCCAAGCUGCUCGGGGUUCAACUGGACGAGAACCUCACCUUCGGGUCCCAUAUCGAACAGGUGGAAGCCCGACCCUCCAAGGCCCUGCAAGCGAUCAAUGCCUUAGGAGGCAGCAACUGGGGCAUCUCCACGAAGGAGAGGUGA